AUGCCUGAUUCCGCUGAAAUUGUCAGCGGAUAUCCGGAUCCAACGCGACCAUCUCUAAUGUACAGCAAGCUUCAAGAGAGACGCUUCAAGUACAUGGCCUGCUAUGAUCUCCUAUCAAAAGCGCCGAAGUGGCAUGACUACAAUGCCGCAAUGACCAAAAAAUGUGAACAGAAGAAAAAACCCAGUCCAAAUCCCUCGAGCCCUUUGCCGGCCUCAUUACCUAGCUCGACUUCAGCCGAUACUGUCCACUCGACUUCGGAUGCUUCUGGCGAUGAGACUGUGCGUGGCAAACCGACUCGUCCUAUAGGUUGGAAAAAGGCAAAGGUGGCCUAUCAAGAGGAAAAACUAGAUGCCUCGAAUCAUGAACAUCUUAAAAAGAUGGCUACAGCUCACAUCGAUAUCGCUGAGGUUGCAAAGAUGCAACAUACUGCACUAGCGAGUGGGAUGUCUGCUCAACACUCCGCCCUCAAAUGCCUUUCAGAUGAGGCAAUCAUGAAUAAGGACCUCACUGGGGCUGAUGAUGAUGUCAAGAAGUACUACAUACUUCAACGAAAACGCAUAUUAGAUCGACUUGAACAAGAAAUGGCUACUCCCACUUUAACUCCCGCUCCAGCUUUGGCAUUGACUCCAGCUUCAGCUCCUGCAACGGUUAACCAUGAAAAAUAG